AUGGCUCAAGUUGACAAGGGAUUCAAUCUUUUGGAGAUUGCUUCAAAAGUGGUGCCGCAAGGACGAAUUGUUCAAACGGCGAAGGAGUCGUGGAAAUUUGUUUGGAAGCGAAUGAUGACCGAGCUGGCACCCCAAGACAAAACUGGAAGCUACCAACGACCCAAGUAUAGCUUUUCCAGAACCCUUGGAAGUAAGCAAUUUCCGGUUGAAGCUGGGCGAUACCAUGUAUAUGUGGGGAAUCCAUGCCCGUGGUGUCAUCGGGUGCGACUAGUGGCAAAGUUAUUGAGUUUGGAAGCAGCAAAAGGCACCAAUGGUAAACCACUCUUAGGAAUGACCACGCUGGUGGAUGAUCCCAUCAAGGCCAGUCGUGGUGGUUGGGUCUUUGCCACUCCGCCAAAGCAACUGCCAGCAGUGAAGGAUUUGCGUGAACUCUACGAGGCUCUAAAUCCCGGUUUUCAAGGCCGGUGUACUGCGCCCCUCUUAGUAGAUUGGAAGACACGUCAAAUUGUCUCGAACGAAUCCAGUGAUAUUGUGCGUAUGUUGCCUCUUUUGCUGUCAGCCAACGACGACGACGACGAGCCGAAUGAGAGUGCACUUGAUUUGUAUCCCUCUGAUCUUGCUUCCAAGGUUGAUGAAACCAACGAGUGGAUCUAUAGGCUGUUGAACAAUGGAGUGUACCGAUGUGGAUUUAGCACGUCUCAAGAAGCCUACCAAAAGGCUUCUAAGGAUGUUCUGAAAGGAUUGGAUCGGGCCGAAGCGAUCUUGCAAGAACAAGAUUUCAUCUGCGGCGGCGAAGUGACCGAAUCGGAUAUUUUCCUCCUUCCGACCAUGUUGCGUUUCGAUGGAGUAUAUAGUCCGCUAUUUGGUGCUGGUGGCAAGCACCUGCGAUUGCAAUGUGACUAUCCUGCCAUCUUUGCUUGGCUCAAGCGGUGCUGGCAGCUCGAGGGCACAAGGGAAUCCAUCGACAUUGAAGACGCUUGUUCGUCUUAUUACCGACAGUUGUUUCCUCUCAAUCCAGGAGGAAUCCUUCCCACCCCAGUCUCCGCGAAGUCAUUGCGACUGGAAGAAUAG